GUGUGUGUGUGUGUGAUAUGUUUUGGGUGUGGUGCGUGUGUGACUACCUAACCAUCUCUUCCUUACUUCCCCAUCAAAAAUGUGCUGCGAAAACCUAUGUUGAGCUAGAACAGCUCUUCGCCCUCACACACUCAGCAUCACCACCAGCAGCCGGGGUGCGUGCUGAUCCCAGGCCAGAGCUGAGAGUGUGCGGCAGCCUGUCUCGUCGCAGGAGUGCAACGCUUGUUCUCACCCCGGACCCGGUCCCGGACCCGGACCUGCAGCCCGGCCCCAUGGACGCCCUCUCCUCCCUCACGUCCCCGGCCUCCUGCCCCCACCUGUACCAGCUCCCCAGCAACGCCUCCAUCAGCCACGUCAUCCUGCGCCACUACAACCACACGGGCCGCCUGCACAACAGGACCGUGUCCAGCAGCCAGGGCGGCGUCAGCGUGCCCAUGGCCGUCUUCCUCUUUGUCAGCGUCUUCAUCGUCGUGGAGAACCUGCUGGUGCUGGUGGCCGUGGUGUCGCGCAUCCGCCACAGCCGCCGCUGGGUGUACGUCUGCAUCGCCAACAUCACGCUCAGCGACCUGCUCACCGGCGCCGCCUACCUGGUCAACAUCUGCAUGUCGGGCAGCCAGACGUUCCGCCUCACGCCCGCCCUGUGGCUCUUCCGGGAGGGCAUGCUGUUCGUGGCGCUGGCCGCGUCCAUCUUCAGCCUGCUGCUCAUCGCCGUGGAGCGCUACGCCACCAUGAUGCGGCCGCUGCCGCAGAAGUCCACCGCCAAGACCUACUACCGCAUCUACGGCCUGGUGGCGCUGUGCUGGCUGCUGGCGCUGGUCAUCGGCUUCCUGCCGCUGCUGGGCUGGAACUGCGUGUGCAGCCUGGACGAGUGCUCCACCCUCCUCCCUCUCUACUCCAAGACCUACAUCCUGUUCUCCCUCCUCAUCUUCCUGGUCAUCCUGCUGGCCAUCGGCGUGCUCUACGGCGCCAUCUACUGCCACGUGCACAGGAGCGCCCAGCUGGGCCCCCAGCGCAGCCGCAAGCGCUCGCUGGCCCUGCUGAAGACCGUCAUCACCAUCGUGGGGGUCUUCCUGCUCUGCUGGGGGCCCCUGUUCGUGCUGCUGCUGGUGGAUUACUUCUGCGCGUCGCGCCACUGCGCCCUGCUGUUCAGCGCCGAUUACUUCAUCUCCCUGGCCGUGCUCAACUCGGGCCUGAACCCCGUCAUCUACGCGCUGGGCAGCAGCGAGAUGAGGCGCGCCAUAGCCGAGCGGCUGUUCUGCUGCUGCGUGAGGGCCGGCCUGUGCCGCCCGGACGCCUUCUCGUCCAAGGAGACCAACAGCACGUCGGAGAGCAGGAGGGACAGCCUGAGGAACAGCUUCAGCAGGACCCGGAACCUGAGCGUGGCCUCGCCGCCGUCCACGCCGAGCAAGCCGCCGCGCAGGGCGCCCCGGAAGUACCGGCUGAGCUCCACCACCAGCUGCCUGUCGGUCUCCAGCGGUUGAGACCGCAGGGCGCCCCCCUCCCCUCCCCUCCCCUCCCCGGAGAGCAGCCCUGCGCUCGCUGCUGCACCUGCGACCGCUUCCACUUCUGGUUUGAGUGGUACCUGCUCUCAGCGAGCAGUUGCAGUGAUAUUGUGGCAAAGCCUGAAAAAAUGUGAGGUCGUUCACAUUUGCAAUGAUGAUUGGCCACUAUUCAAAUUCUUGGUUGUUUCUGCUGUACCAUGUUGCACAUUUCCACAGGAUUUGAUGUCAGAUGAGACUUUUUGUCUUUUUGUUUUGUAAAAUACACAGCAAAAAUUAAUAAUAAAAAAACGACUUAAAGGGAAAAAUAUGUAUAUUUAUGUGAACUAUUGUAACUUUUUAUACCGUGCCGGAUGUUUUACUGUAACAAAGGAAAUGAAAUAAAGUUUAUUUUGCCGUA